AUGGAAAAGUACACGAAAGCGACACAAUAUCCCGAUCAGACAACUUGGUUCGCAAACAUGGGAAGACGACUGUUUCUUCGUUCAUCUCAAGAAACGUCAGAGAAAGAGGAGAACGCCACCGACCUCCUCCAAAGGAAUGCCCUGCCUUCCGCAUGGGACUCCAUUGAACCGUACAUGAGAGCUCCCACAAUAUACUAUGAAACAGGUCCAGAUGAACAGCCGCGUAAAAUGGUCCAAGUCAAGCAGUCUUUCCUGGUGCUUUGGAUGCGGUCCUCCGUGGACGAACAGCAAGAAGAGUUUCUUGGCAACAACAAGAUUCUACAACUCCACUUUACCUUUGAUUACCCUGCCAAUACUAAUAGGAUGGAUGAUGCUGCUAUAUCACAGUGUGGGAAAUGUCAUAUGGAUGCCUACAGCUUCGACACUUGUGCACGGGAAUGGACCAGGGUGGAGCCAAGCGCAAACGCCUGGAUGAAACAGGCCGCCACAAAGUGCUGGCAGGAAUUGUGUCGGGCUCCGCCCACGUUUCCUUAUUGCAACUCUGGAGAUACCAAGAGUCGGUUGAUGUCCUCCAUGGACAAGUAUUGCCGUGGUGCAUUGGGCGCCAAACGAGGCAAGACAUGGUGGCAGCAUUGA